AUGAAAUGCUUGUUGGUUGUUAAUCGAAUGAACGAUGUUCGAUUUCUUGAUUUUGAUGACGACUUUGCCCGUUUUGUAAACGAACAGGCGAUCGAAAUUGGUUUACUGCAGCCUGAAGAUCAUGGGUUGGAUGCUUACUAUGUUGAUCCAAAUGUUAUCAUGCAGAUAUUUUCACCACUGGUAUUAUCACAAUGGUUUCUUAUAGAACAAACCAAAAAUCCAUGUUCCUCUGUAACUUGUGAUAAUGGAUUUAUAUUUGUAUUCAAACAGAUGGAUGAUCUAUUGUUGGUGGCUAUUAAUGGAGAUGGAUCAGAAACUGAAGAAUUAUUAAUGAAGAAAAUUCAAAUGUUUUUAAGAUUAAUUGGUUUUUUAUUUGGCCCAGCAACAGAUGAAAUUGGCAGAUAUGAAGAUAAAAAAGAAAGAUGGAAUUUUUUAAGAAGAUUGUUAGAAACUUGGAUGAAAUUGUGUUGUGAUGAACAGUCAUUUCUUGUGGAGGCUGUAGAAAGACUGCAUGUUAAUCAGGCUUUAAGUGAGAAAUGUAUAGAAUUAUUAGAGGAAGGAGUAGAGAAAAUACAAAAUAUACCAACUCAUCAUGCUUUAUUACUAGUCAACAAUAAGUUACUAGCUUUGUAUUCCAAUCGUGGUGCUAAUGAACUGCAGCCAGCAGAUAUCUUAUCUAUUAUAUUAUUAGCUAAAGAUGUCUUCCCGUCUAAAGAGAGAUUAGAAGAUCUAUUUUCAAGGUCCUACUCUAUGACUCAGGCAGCCGGUCGCACUAGUCAUCAGUGUUUACCCUCUACAGCUAGAAUGCCUACUGAUAUUGGUGAUGAUAGUGAACCUGAAGAUGAUCAGUAUCACAGUGCUCAAACGACACCUAGAUCAACACCUACAACUAGUGAAAGUUCAAGGUCAUAUGAUAAAGAUGGUGGCCAGGACGUAUUAGAUGGAAAAGAUGGUAAUGAAGAAACUUCAGCAGAUAGCAGACCUAAGUCAGUCUCACCAAAUGACCAAAAACGCUCACCCUAUCCUCAAGUGUCUACAACCCAUGGUGGACAUGAGUCUGAUGUAUUUUUCACACCAAAAGAUGAUGUUAGAUUAGACAGUCUAUAUAGAUAUAUUCAGAAUAGUGACACUCCAUCUCAGAGCAAAAGGACAUCACCAGAAUUUUUCAAUGAUUAUCGCCGACCAAGAAGUAAUACUGCAGCUUCAUAUGAUGAGAGUAUAAAAAAUACCAGACCACUUCGAUCAGAUCAUGUGCCAGAAUAUUGGCGUCAGAUGAUAUUUCUACAUACAAGACAAUGUGAAUAUUCACCUCAUCAAUUACACUGCACACAAAUAUUACCUGGUAUAGUCCUCAUUCUAGUGACAGAGGGUAUCCGUGGUGCUGUUGCUGGAACUCUGUGUCAGAUUUUUGCUAUUUUAAAAGAUUUAUUAGCUGGCAAAAGAGAUAAAUUAAAUAGAGGUCAAGGUCAAAAUUUAUAUGAUGUUGUAAAUUCCUUAUUAGCCAAAGUUCAAGGUCAUUUGAAAAAAGUCAGAGGUAGAAGUCAGCGUAUUGUGUCAGAAAUUAAAAAUCGUUGGGAGAGUGAUGAUUUAAAACAGGGAUUGUUUAAGUAUUUAGAAUCAGAUGCUGGUGUUGAGGCAGAUCCAUUAAUAGAAACAACUCUUUCUGAUUUAUUUCGUAAAUUAAAGGAAUUGUUUUCACUAUUAUAUCUAUCACCUAAAGGAGUCAAUGAGUCUAUAAAGGAAACAAUACUGAGCUUACAGAAGAAAAUAAAAGUAGAACUAGCUGAUUAUAGAGAUUUUUUAACUGUCAAAGCUCAACGUCGUUUGAUGCAGGAAUCUUUACAUAAUGGAUCUGUCAGUGUAAUUGAAGCUGUUCAAAAUAGAAUAAAAGGAAAUCGUCAAUCUCAUCAACUAACAGCACCAUCAUUAAAUAUAACUAAUGAUAUACUUGAUGAUCCUAAAGAAUAUAUUAAAGAAAAGAUAUGGUCAAAAUACCAAUAUGCCAUGUUAAGAUUAAGUGAAGGGUAUGUGACAUCAAUGGUUCAAGAUGGAGAUUUUUAUUUUUCCUAUUUUCUGUGGUUUGAAGACAAUAGAGGUUCACCAUUACAAAUAUCUGAACCAUUUAAAACAGUACAAGAUUUACCCCCACCUGGUUUAUUAACUGGUCCAUUUUAUAAAUUACUAGUCAAACAGUGUUUUCCAAACUAUGUCACAGGAUCAGUGCGAUGUUAUGAGUUAUUUAUGAUGCAUAUAGGAUUAGUUAAACCACAGUAUAUAGCUCUACAUUGUCAACAACUAGCUCGUAAAUUGUGGGAUAUGUCAGGAGAAGUCAUGUCACAUUUCAUAACCGAUCUCGCCAAAUCCUUCGAUCACCGUGAGAUUAGAGCCAUAUCUGUUGUUAGUGUAGUGAUAAGUGUAAACAAACUAAGUAAUACCAAAAGAGUGACUUUAUAA